UACAUCAGUGGUAGUUUUUGCAGUAAUGACAUGUCAACCAGAGAUAUAGGAAUCCAAACCUCACUCACUACUGCAGAUAUCAAGGUUCUCGAGGAGAAGUCAACCAAACUGGAGGAUCCUGAGAAACUCAUGAGAGAGCUUUUUAUAAACAAAGUUGUGAAGGAUGACAAAAAUGUAAAGAUGUAUACUGGACUACCAUCAAAGAAAAUCCUAAAUGGUGUAUAUGAUAUUUUGGAAAAGGCUUCACCAACUUUGAAGUAUUGGUCAGGACAAGGGAGUACUACAAAGAAACUUUAUCAGAAAGACAGUCUAAAUGCAAAGUCGGGCCCAAAGAGGAAGCUCAGCAGGUUUCAGGAGUUUGUUUUAACUCUGGUCAGAUUGCGACUAGCUUUGACUACAUUUGUCAUGGCAGAUUUAUUCGGCGUAUCCACCUCAAGAGUUUCUCAAGUCUUCACUACCUGGAUCAAUUUCAUGUGUACAAUCUUCAAACCUUUAUUAAAAUGGCCCUCAGGAAAUGUAAUUAAAAAAUUCAUGCCUUCAUCUUUCAGAGCUAAAUUUCCAAAUGUAAAUUGUAUUAUUGACUGCACUGAAUUUUUCAUCAAAAAACCAAGAAAUCCAACUGCUCAGUCUCAGACAUUUAGCUCCUAUAAACAACAUAAUACUUAUAAAGCACUGGUAGGUGUGUCACCUUCUGGUGCAUUUACAUUUGUAUCAAAUUUGUGGGGUGGCAAUGUUUCCGAUAGGCAUAUCACUAAGGAAAGUGGUUUCCUGGACAACAUACAAGCUGGAGAUGAAAUAAUGGCAGACAGGGGAUUUUUGAUCAGGGAUCUUUUGCUUCAACGCAGAGCUAGACUUAUUAAUACCCCCAUUCACAAAGAAGUGUUCCUGGGGUAAAGGUAAGUAUUUGUCUGCCUCCGAAAUACUUAAAACAAGAAACAUUGCAAAAUUCCGCAUCCAUGUAGAGAGGGCUAUAGGAAGGUUAAAAACAUUUCAUAUGAUGUCCAACACCAUGCCAACAAAUUUAAAACCACUUGCUGAUCAAAUGCUUGUCAUAUGUGCAUUUCUUUGUAAUCUUCAAAAACCUUUGGUCAAAAAGUAAGGAAUCGAUGUUCCAUAUUG